CAAGUAAAGGAGCACAACUAUUAGACCUGUAUCACAGCCUGCAUGUUUUCAUAAUUGACUUGUGACUUUAUUUGCUGACGAGAAUUUUUUCGAAGUAUGGAGCUGUGCAGUUACCAUUUAAGUAUAACAAGGACGUAUGUUUGGAUUUGUGUGAUUUUCUUCAUUUUAUGUAAUGGAGCAAACGGCCAGGAUGUGACUUGCAAUUCCGUGGAAUCGGAAAGAUCCAACGUCUUUGCCACCUUCAACGUUGCCGUUUCUGGGACCGCUAACUAUAACCUGAUCUAUGAACCCGCUGAAUACGGUCCUAAUGAAAGGUUGCCAGUAGGCACUAAUGAGGUCACAGUGACGGCUUACCCGACGUCAUCACCAUCGACUGCGACAGGGAGCUGUAUAUUUAAUGUCACUGUUAGUUUACAAGAGCUUCCAAUCGUCUGCCCUGAACCCGUGGAUCUAAAUAUCGGGACAGAUUCUGGUGAACCUUUCUACACUUACCAAGACCCACAAUUCAACGUCACGUAUCUACCUGAGUCUACGACGUAUGAUCCCUAUGGAAGUAUCACGAUGAUGAGAACUUACGGUGGUAGCUCUAGCAGUCCCAGACUAGACAUCUCACAAACAGCACACACUGUCACCGUUACGAUAACAGAUGGGACACUCUCAAAGGCAUGUACAGAAGCAAGGGUAUCUGUAGAAGAUCGGGAGCCCCCUGUAAUCGUCUGUCCAGAUGACGUAUACCAGGAUCACACCUCAGUUGAAUCCACGGCAUUCCAGCUCAAAGGCAUUUCCGAUAACUCUGGCGAACUAUAUGCUACUGCAAUUCAGCCCUUCAUAAAUCCAAGGGAUGGUUAUCCUGUAGGAACGACAACCUACACUUUCACUGUCUCUGACAGAGCUGGAAACGAUGCGUCGUGUUCGUUCAACGUUACAAUUGAAAUAGGUCCACAGACACCUACUUUACAAGGUAAGAACUCAUUGUACACGUUCAUGCAUUUAUUCAUAUUCAUGUACUGCUUUUGCAUUAAAUGUUUCUUUGCAACUAACUCAUUAACCAUGUCUGUUUCAUCCAUGACGUCUUCUUCUACUCCAUUCUCGUCUUCCAUUCCUGUUACAUCCUCUAAAAACCAUUCCUGUCACGAUCACAUCUUUUACCCCAGUAGGAACUACGAAUUCGAAUUCCGACACGUUUGUGAUAAUAGUCCCGUCACGUCCAUGACAACCACUUGAGUCACAUCCGCGACUCUUAUGUGAAACGACGACGGCAUCUUUGAGAAUUUCACAGACUCUGGGUUCUGUCACAUUGAAAUCCAAUGAAUUCAAUUUCUUCCAGAAGCUGAUGCUAAAAAACUUAAUUACAAGUUUAAGCGGAUGAGUUUAAUCUUCAGAGAUGUCCGUUCGUAGAGUCUGUUCAAGGGUUUAUUUCUGAUUUUGCAGUGCCUUGAAGUCAUCAUGAUUUCUGAUCAGUUUUGCUUCAUGUUUCGAUUGUUUUUCCCUUUCCUUUCCUUUCAACAGUUUUCUCUUGGACAGGAAUUCACGGCGCUUCCUGUAAGAUUUGACCUUCACGAUGAUGCCUUGGAGUCCAUCUUCAUUCUUUGGACCAACACAAUGACUCCUUUCGAUGUCUUCUAAUAUGAGAUCAACUUCAAUCUCUUUUGCUAGGUCAGGUACAAUCUUAUUGGUGUCUUACCCUUUUUUCUGGGCAACCAAGGACUCUUAGGCGGUUAUGGUAUCUUGUUUUCUAAGGCGCACACUUGAUGAGCAUAUUCACUCUUUUUUUUUCUUCAGGUACAUCAUUUCUUUUUCCUUUCCUUCAUAUUUUACUUGCAUAUCCAUGUGAACGCACCCUGUCCAUCAAUAGUGCUCUCAAGUUCUUAAAUAAUUCUUCUUUUUCUUCUUCCAGUAUAGUACCGACAACCGUAGGCGUAUACCAUACCUUGUGCUUGUAAAGUGCCAAGUGUACAGUGCAAGUAAAAAGGCUCCGCAAGAACUCUUCGUGCAGCGAAAAACAGUCUGAAGCUCAACGGAGCAUAGAGUGUUGCACCUUCUGCUUGAAAAGUUCUAAAGAGGUGUAAUUGAUGACAGCAGAUGGUACGGACUUCCACAGUAGGAUAGCAUAUGGGUAAAAUGUGGUGUGGGAUAGCAGAGUUGGAAGGGGACCUGGAACUUCUGUGGAUUUCCACGGGUUCGUGUACCAACAACUGGUAUAAAGUUAUUUCAAAUUCAGUCCGUUUUUAUAUAAUUGUUUUUCUUCAAUCAUCUAUGUUCCUCCUCCCUAAUACACGCAUCCCACACACAGCACGGUGUCUCCACUCAUCGUGCUAUCCCCCAAAACAACCAUUAGAAUAAGAGGCAAGGACUACCUUCACAGGUUCAGCGUUGAAUGCGUGUUUUUUUCUCAGCUGAUUAGGCGCGCGACACGGAAACAAUCAAGACUGUGGACUAGUAUGAAGUAAGUGACUGACUGGAAUAAUAACCAUGCAGUGAUGUAUGCUGUAAACCGUGCAUACUUUCAACUGCGCCCUUCUUUCCUGCAGACUUGCCCUUUGAAGUUGAUUCAGCACGACUGUGACGGUGCUAGUCACCCAGGACGAAGCGUUCACAACGGCGUUGCACAAUUUCCACCUUUCUGAUGUUCUCCUGGGUGAAUGGGCAGUGAAUGGGUCCCGAAAUAUUGCAGCAUACUCCAUCACAGGAAUUACUAAUGUCUUGCACAACAACUCCUUUAUCUUUGGUGGGCAGGCCGUCAUGUUUUUUUGCAGGAAGCACCGUACAGAGUUGUUUUUUGGGAGAAGUGAGGGAAAAUCACCCCCGGAAGAUCACCUCCCCCACUCACACCCUACCCCGAGGACGAUUAACCACGGAAAAUUACCCUCGUGGACAAUCAUAUCCCUCCCCGAGGACAUUACCCCCUGUCCUAAAAAAUAACCCCCUUGGACAAUCAUUUCCCUCCCAUUCGACAAUUAUUCCCCCCCCCCAAACAAAAUGUUUACCCUCUUGGACAAUCACCCCUCUCCGAGGACAGUUACCCUCGUGGGUGGUUGUCCUUGGUUGUCCGGGGA